AUGGGAAACAAUAAUUCAAGCUCUUCUCCUUAAAACAAAAAUUAAAACCUUCAAUAAAAUUACAUUUAGCCUUAGCUAAAUCAAUAAAAUUACAUUUAGCCAUAGCUAAAUGAAUAAAAUUACCCAGUUUCAGAACCUACAAAGAUUAACAAUGAUGAUGAACCUAUUGACUAAAACUUCAUAAAGUUAGGUGAUGGUAAAAAUAAAUAGAAGUACAAUCUUGAAAAAGGAUUGAGUUUGGAUGUUAAGACUUUGCAUAAACACUUCUAGUUCAGCUCUUCAACUAAUUAAUCUAUUCCUGUUAUGGUUUCAGUUAAAACUCUUGAUAAAACUGAAGAUGCUCCUAAGGGAGAUCAAGAAGCUGUUAAAUAAGAAAGUCUUGAAAAUAGACCUAACCUUGAUCUUAUUUGUGUCAUUGAUAACUCUGGAUCUAUGUCUGGUGAAAAGAUUCAAAAUGUCAAAAAGACUCUUGAAUAUUUGCUUGAGCUUUUGGGAGAUAAUGAUAGACUUUGUUUGAUUUUAUUCAACUCAUAUGCCACUCGUCUUUGUCACUUAAUGAAGACAAACAAUUCAAACAAACCAGCUUUCAAAGAAAUUAUCAACAAAAUCUAUUCAACUGGUGGUACUGACAUUAACAGUGGCAUGGAAUUAGCUUUUAGAGUAUUGAAAGAUCGUAAAUAUCAAAAUCCUGUUAGUUCUGUAUUCCUAUUAUCUGAUGGGUAAGAUGGAAGUGCUGAUUUAAGAGUCAGAUAGAGCUUAGAAAGACAUCUUCCUUAAGAAUGUUUCACUAUUCACUCUUUCGGAUUUGGUUCUGACCAUGACGGUCCUUUGAUGAACAAGAUUUGUAGCUUAAAGGAUGGUAACUUCUACUAUGUAGAAAAAAUUAAUUAAGUUGAUGAAUUCUUCGUUGAUGCUCUUGGUGGACUUUUCUCAGUUGUUGCAUAAGAAAUAGUUAUAGAUGUAGAACUAUUUCUUCAUUCAUAAUAUAAGAAAUUCUUUUAAAAUGCUACUGUCUCUAAAACAUAUGGAGAUAUGUGGAGUGUAAUUAAGAAAGAUACUUCUUAUCGUAUAUAAAUAAACUAGUUAUUGAGUGGAGUCUCAAAAGAUUUUAUUUUUGAAAUUAAUAUCCCUGCUAAUAAAGUAGAUAAGCUUGAAGACUUUGAAAGAAAUGCAGAAAUUGUAAAAGCAACUGUGUCUGCCAUUCCAGUUGAUCCCACAUAUACAACAAAGGUAGUUAAAGAUAAUAAUUUAGUUUUGACACUAUUUACUUAGAACGAAAAAGUUGCUGAGGACUCUGAAAUUAAUGAUAGUGUUGAGUUAAAUUACUUACGUGUUAAAGCCUCUGAAGCUAUGGACUAAGCCAUGAAAGAAGCUGAAUAACAAAAAUAUGAAUCUGGUUAAUAAAUUCUUCAAUCUAUGAUUGAACGUUUUGAUAAGUCACAUCCUAAAAAUAAAGAAAAGCUUUAAAUCAUCAAAAAGGAUUUGGAAGAAUGUCAAUAAAAUGCUAAACCUAGAGUAUAUGAAAACGAAGGUAAAUUCAGAAUGCUUAAAAACAUGAAUGCAAAUCUAAAAUAAUAAUCAAGAGCAGUUGAAUAAUGUGACAUGUAUUAAAAUUGUGCAUAAAAAGAAAUGGUUUCUAAAGCAAAAGCUAAAAAGGGAUCAUUCUGGUGA